AUGCGGCUCACCUUCACCAAAGACCUCAACACGAACGAACUCGUCAUGAGCUCUAACAACACGGACACCAAGUACUUCCAAAACGGUCAUCUAGACAUCGCCCGCUUUCAAUCCGACUUGUCAACUUUCCAACACGACCUCGCAAAAUUCAAAGCAACAUUGACAGACGCGAGUUCUCACCUCCUGUCCACACUUCCCAAAAAUCCCGAGGCUCUAGUCCAAUGCAUCGAACAACUCGCCCACGCCAAAUUCCUGCUCUCACAAGUCUACACCGCUGGAACAAUGCCGAGUUUAAGCCAGGUCAGUGUGGAUUAUGGCGAGGUGAAGAAUUGGUUGAGUACGCUGGAGUUGGGAUUGCCGAAGGAGGUUUAUGAUGCUGUUGUUGCGAGGGAGGAUGAUUUGGGGAGGUUUGGGUAUGAGGAGGAUCUGUUGGAGAAGGAGAGGCGGAGAUUUAGGUGGCUUCAUCAUAUUGGGGAUCCACUUUCCAAAUUCAAGCCGUGGGUAUCAAUCUGGUCGGGUCAACGUCCGAGCUCUAUGACUGGCAAAGGCAUUGGAAAGCCGCUUUUGACAUGCCAUAAACUCCAGCGGAAAUGCAGAAUGCCCUCGACAUCUUCUCGGCAUAUAUCAAUGACUCCGGAGUUGAUGAUGGCUGACUCGAGCGUGAAAGUGAAUCAAGCGCAAAACAUCCUGCGCAUGGACCAUGCUUCGAGUGAAUCCUCGUCAGGGCAACGCGCUCGUGAUUGCGCGCGGUCUGGAUGCCAUCUCUUCCUACUUAAUGCGACCUUUUUCGUCCUCUUUCCACACUUUUCCUCAGCGCACCUGCUCGCGAAUCCACAACCUCGACCUGAUUCUCACGGCAUCACCACCUCAGACUACCACACCAGAACAAACAAAAUCCCGUUCUGCACCUCAGAAAAACGAUACCACUUCGACUUCUGCUUUCAACCCAACCUGAAUCCUUUCUCCCACAUCAUCUCCACAAGCACCGUCAACAUGCUUCCCUUCGGUUUCGUCCCAGCCACUCCAGUCGUCGUGAUGGGCGGCCGCAACCGCCUUCGCGACAUCGAGCAAGUCCAGCGCGGUCGUGCCGUCGGUCAAGUCGAGGGCUACGCAGCAGCAAUGCGAGACAUGAAUCGAGGCCGCUCUCGCUCUCGCGGUCGAGGUCUGCCUCGUAUUACCUAUUCCUCUCCGACCCGCACUCGCGAUCGCUCAACUAGCCACCACCGCAACAAAUACGACGACGGCCGAUCCUCCAGCCGCCACCGCAGCAAUCACUACACAUCCGACGACAAAUCCAAGACCUCCGACACCAAAUCCCUCAUCACCAAAGACGCCUACGAAAAAUACAAACUCCACAAAGCCAAACACGAAGAAUACCGCGAUCGUCUCCAAUCCGGACCAGACGGCUACAAGAAGUCCAAUCGUGGCAAGAAUUCAGAGUCUUCCUACGACCGCGCCUCGCGCUACCGCGCACUCGAAGAAGAAUUGCGGUACAAAGACGCAGAAGUCAACAAGUACCGCAUCGAGAAAGACGAGUGGCGUCGCGAACAAGCCGUUCAGCGCCAGCGGGAAGAGGAGUGGCGGCGUCGGCAGGAGAUGGGCGGUCGUGUGGGUGGGAAUUUUGAUCCGAGUCGUGCUGAGGGGCCUAGGGAUGAGGUUCUGAGCUUCAUGGGAGUGAUCACUGACGAGGAAUUCCAGGAUAUGCAGCAGUAUCGGAAGCGCUAUAUCAAUGAGGGUUCGUACUGUGUGGAGGAUGAGCCAGCGUGGUCGAGGUUAGGAGAUGAUAAUGCUGAUGGGAUUAUAGUUCGAUUUCAGCAAGGUGAGGGGUAUGGGCGUCGAGAUCGAGAUCGUGCUGGAGCAUGGCGAAGGAUGAUACCGCCGACUCGCGAGAAUGGAUUGGCGUUCUGCAUCGGGCGAUUCUCGCCUUACCUCACUGUCGCCAACACCUUAUUGCCGCCAACACCUUAUAUUGUCGCCGCUAUGUCGAGCCCUUCUGCGCAGUUACAGGCUGAUACUGCCGCCGCCGCCGCCGCCGCCGCCGAUGAAGAAUACACCAAUACCUCGCUCUUUAAUAAUAAGAAGCGCUAG